AUGCAUAGUAGUGGAUGCGAAGACAGCGAUAUUGUAUUGAUGAAGCUUCUGUAUUGGGAUUUGGUCAUUGUUACCGGUUGGGUUGAAGUCAGUUUGAGCAAUACAGAAGGGUUGUGGUUUCUGACCGGAAAGCCGAAACCAUUUUCGACUGAUUACUAUGCAGUUAUACCUCGCCGAGAAUCGGCAACGUUUGUUGUAUCAGAUCUUCAGGAUCUGCUCAGAAAAGUUUUGAGGGGAACUGUUUCAAAAUGUUUGUUGGCGUUUUUUUCUGGUAGUGGUUCAGUUGUUUACGUCAGUGCUGCUCCCGGUGUAACCAAUGUGGCUGAUGAUGAUGCUGAAAAUAUGGUUAAAGCCCAGCAAGAUGAGGCGAUGAAGAAAGUUUACGCUGAGCGGUGGAAUUUGUACUCAGGGAAAACCAGUAGCGGACAACCAGACAACGGCAGGGAACGUCUGUAA